CACCGAGAGGGCGCCUGGCCGGCGGUGCCCACCUCUCUCGUGGCCUUGGUGGCUCCAGGCAGGGUAGGGCCGGGGCCGCGGCUCGGGCAGUGCCCUCCCUACUCUUGGCCGGGCCGGGAGCCGCGGGAGCAGGCGCAGUGCCCCUACCGCCCGCUUUUCCGCCUGCAUCUCCUCCGCCCCCUCCUCCUCCUCCUUCCCCCAGCCACCCGCGCAGUCACAACCGGUUCAGACUGGCCAGGGUGCCCCGCAAAGAGAGACAAGGGAGAAAAAGACAACAGGAAAAACUCCGGGGAGGAGGAGGAGGAGGAGGAGAAAGAGAAGGUGGAGCCCAGAGAAGGGGGCCGGCUCCCUCGCUCCAUGUGGCCGCCGCCGCCGCGGGGUCGGUGGGGGCAGAGGGCGGCGGCUCCCGGGUCCGCGCGUAGCGGGACCGUUUGUCCAAUACUCCAGCAGGAGCCAGGGCCGCUGCUGGCCGGGAUAAAUAGCAGCCCUGCCGGCCGGGAGCUGCAGGGGAGAGCGGCGGCCGCGGUCCCACCUCACCACCAGCCCGGCCGCCCUGGGCACUGCGCCGCGUGCUGAGCCCCGGAGACCCCGCCGAGGCUGGGACUCAGGACCUGCAGAGAAAUACCUCCUUGAUUUUGUCUUACAAUGGAACUUAAAAAGUCACCUGAUGGUGGAUGGGGCUGGGUGAUUGUGCUUGUCUCCUUCUUUACUCAGUUUUUGUGUUACGGUUCCCCGCUGGCUGUUGGAGUCCUGUACAUAGAAUGGCUGGAUGCCUUUGGUGAAGGGAAAGGAAAAACAGCCUGGGUUGGAUCCCUGGCAAGUGGAGUUGGCUUGCUUGCAAGUCCUGUCUGCAGCCUCUGUGUCUCAUCUUUUGGAGCAAGAACCGUCACAAUCUUCAGUGGCUUCAUGGUGGCUGGAGGCUUGAUGUUGAGCAGUUUUGCUCCCAAUAUCUAUUUUCUAUUUUUUUCCUAUGGCAUUGUUGUAGGUCUUGGAUGUGGCUUAUUAUACACUGCAACAGUGACCAUUACGUGCCAGUAUUUUGACGAUCGCCGAGGCCUUGCACUUGGCCUGAUUUCAACAGGUUCAAGCGUUGGCCUUUUCAUAUAUGCUGCUCUGCAGAGGAUGCUGGUUGAGUUCUAUGGACUGGAUGGAUGCUUGCUGAUUGUGGGUGCUUUAGCUUUAAAUAUAUUAGCCUGUGGCAGUCUGAUGAGACCCCUCCACUCUUCUGAUUGUCCUUUGCCUAAAAAAAUAGUUCCAGAAGAUCUACCAGAUAGAUACUCCAUUUACAAUGAAAAAGGAAAGAAUCUGGAAGAAAACAUAAACAUUCUUGACAAGAGCUACAGUAGUGAGGAAAAAUGCAAGAGCACAUUAGCCAAUGGUGACUGGAAACAGGAGAGCCUACUUCAUAAAAACCCCACAGUGACACACACAAAAGAGCCUGAAACGUACAAAAAGAAAGUUGCAGAACAGACAUAUUUUUGCAAACAGCUUGCCAAGAGGAAGUGGCAGUUAUAUAAAAACUACUGUGGAGAAACACUGGCUCUUUUUAAAAACAAAGUAUUUUCAGCACUUUUCAUUGCUAUCUUACUCUUUGACAUCGGAGGGUUUCCACCUUCGUUACUUAUGGAAGAUGUAGCAAGAAGUUCAAAUGUGAAAGAAGAAGAGUUUAUUAUGCCACUUAUUUCAAUUAUAGGCAUUAUGACAGCAGUUGGUAAACUGCUUUUAGGGAUACUGGCUGACUUCAAGUGGAUUAAUACCUUGUAUCUUUAUGUUGCUACCUUAAUCAUCAUGGGCCUGGCCUUGUGUGCAAUUCCAUUUGCCAAAAGCUAUGUCACAUUGGCAUUGCUUUCUAGUAUCUUAGGGUUUCUUACUGGUAAUUGGUCCAUCUUCCCAUAUGUGACCACGAAGACUGUGGGAAUUGAAAAAUUAGCCCAUGCCUAUGGGAUAUUAAUGUUCUUUGCUGGACUUGGAAAUAGCCUUGGACCACCCAUUGUUGGUUGGUUUUAUGACUGGACCCAGACCUAUGACAUUGCAUUUUAUUUUAGUGGCUUCUGCGUCCUGCUGGGAGGUUUUAUUCUGCUGCUGGCAGCCUUGCCCUAUUGGGAUACAUGCAACAAGCAACUCCCCAAGCCAGCUCCAACCACUUUCUUGUACAAAGUUGCCUCUAAUGUUUAGAGGAAUAUUGGAAGACACUAUUUUUGCUGUUUUAUACCAUAUAGCAGCAAUAUUUUAACAGAUUCACAAGCAAAUUUUCUAGGGUCAAGACUAUUUUUCAUAGCAAAAUUUCACAGUGGCUGAGUUUGAAUGAAUUAUUAUAUUUUUUACAUACCCUAUUUUUUUAUGUAGUGUAUGUGUAGGCUCUAUCUCAUGUAUUUUUUGCUCUUUUCACUCCCUGCACCCUCAAUGGGACUAUUCUGUUUUGCUGUUAUUCACUAGUUCUUAAUGUUGUAAAAAGUUUGGCCAGCCUCAGAAGGUUUUCUCUUUGUAAAGAAGUAUAAUUCUCUGCCGACUCCAUUUACAUGCCACUGCGAGGCAUGUAAAGAGGUCUCUCCUAUUUUAAAAGUGAUGCACGCAUCAUGAUAAGAUAUGUGUGAAGCCCACUAGGAAAGAAAUCAUUCUCUUCUCUA